AUGGAUCUGUAUGAAUAUAGCAGUACAGAUUCACAACCCAACUUCAAGGAGAUCCAAGAACAUGGGAAUGAAAGGUUUGGACUGACUUCUGAAGAGGUCAUUCAGGAGUGCAAGCUAUUCUUUUUUGCUGGACAUGAGACAACUGCAAUCCUGCUUGUCUUUGGCAACAAUAUACCGGAUUUUGAAGAUUUAAAUUGGCUGAAAAUUGUGACUAUGAUCCUUAAUGAGGUUCCAAGACUAUAUACACCAGGAGUUAUGAUUUCCCGGAGGGUUAACCAAGACACUAAAUUAGGGGAACUAUCUCCACCUGCUGGAAUGAUUGUCUUGAUGCCUUCAAUCUUGCUACAUCAUGAUCCAAGUUUAUGGGGUGAUGAUGCAAAGGAAUUCAACCCGGAGAGAUUUAGCGAGGGAGUUGCAAAGGCUACUAAGGGCCAGCAGUGUUUUCUGCCAUUUGGUGGGGGACCUCGGAUAUGCAUUGGGCAAAACUUUGCUCUGCUUGAAGCAAAUAUGGCAUUAGCUCUAAUUUUACAGCGCUUUUCCUUUGAGCUUUCUCCAUUGUAUACGCAUGCCCCAUACUUGUUUCGUACCCUGCUUCAACCUCAGUAUGGUGCUCAGUUGAUUAUGAAGAAACUGUAA